AUGUCGCAAAAACCCAGAAUCCGAGGUCGUCCUGGCUCCCAGGCCGAGAGGAAGAAGGACAGGGGCCGCAAAAGGCAGAGCCAGGCCCCAAAAGGCAGCGUCGAUGACGACGAGGCUCUGAGCACCUCCUGGGGGGCAGGCCGCUGGCAGAAUGACCCGACCUCCUCGGCUGUCGUGGGGUCCAUGUCCCAGGAGAACCUGGACCUGAAGGUGGCCGAGCUGGUCCAGUUCUUGCUGAUAAAGGACCAGAAGAAGAUCCCAAUCAAGCGGAUCGACAUCCUGAAGCAUGUCAUUGGAGAGUACAAGGACAGCUUCCCUGCCCUCCUCAGGCUCGCCGCCGAGAGACUCAAGGACGUCUUUGGGUACAGGCUGGUGGAACUUGAGCCCCAGAGCAACACUUACAUCCUGAUCAACACUCUGGAGCCCGCGGAGAAGGAUGCCGAGCUGAGGGGCAACCAGGAACCGCCCACCACCGGCCUUCUCAUGAUCAUUUUAGGGCUCAUCUUUAUGAAGGGCAACACCAUCAAGGAGUCUGAAAUCUGGGAAUUUCUUCGCCGGUUAGGAGUGUACCCCACUAAGAAGCAUUUAAUUUUUGGGGACCCCAAGAAACUCAUUACUGAACAGUUUGUGCGACAGCGUUAUUUGAAGUGCCAGCCGAUACCCCACUCUGAUCCUGUAGAUUAUGAAUUUCAGUGGGGCCCCCGUAGCAACCUGGAAACCAGCAAGUUGAAAGUUCUUAUGUUUGUGGCCAAAGUCCAUAACCGAGACCCCAGGGAAUGGAGAUUGCAGUACCAUGAGGCUUUGGCAGAUGAGGAGGCCAGGGCCGGACCCCAGUCCCAUAGCGCAGAAAUCUGA